GUCGCUCAGUACUGUAGAAGGAACGGAAGUUGGUGUGCGUUGAGCGUUGCAGCGCGCGAGCUGAGUUAGGUUGUUCUGUGCGACCGUAAUUUUUUGGUUGUAAAGGAAGCAAUCGACCUUUCUCUUCGUAGCCAUGAGACUUCCUGACCAAAUCGUCAGUGACGCGCCGGUCCACUUGCCAGCCGGGCCUUCCUCUGCGCCUGUCCCCGCCGGUCUCGCCGCUAACGGGCUCGUACCACUGACUCCCGGCCACGGGCGCGACCGUUGCGCUCAGCCCGGCCGUGCUAACGGGUCCGCUACGGCCACUCGGUCGUCCUCGGACGUACGUGACGCGCAGGCCGCCGUCCCCGGCAUCGCGCGUGCCAUGGCUCAGGACCGCCGCCGCCACGCCAGUUUCGGCGCGACUGCCAAAGAAAACGGAGCCGCCGCGUCGAGCAGCCUCAUAGAAAACGGAGCUGUCCGACACAGGCACAGCGAGAACUAUAAUAUUCCGUCCAGCCUUUAUCUUCCAGCCUCCAGCUGCCGGGACGACGAGUCUCGUGCGCGUCACUCGAGCGGGCCCGGGGGCCCAGCGUCGGGGUCCAGCUCCCCAGGCAUGCCCAGCAAGUACAGCACUCCCUGCCAGAGCGCCCACUUCCCCAUCAAUCCCCUCGUCCUCAAGUGCCUACACGAGCCUCAAGACUCCAUCGACGCUCAGCCCUGCAACCCAAAUUCAAAUCCUGGAGCAUCCGUUUCUUCAGGAGCGAAUGUUCUGCCUAAAAAAUUAGGGCCCUCUGGAAAGCCAGUCUUACCUCAACGGGAUUCUUCAUUGCCUGCCUUGAUAUCGCCUAACACAGUCAUACAUUCCCGCCCUAACGGUGUUCAUUGCGGGCCAAGCAACAUCGGGCCUCAUGCCAACGGUGGCCAGUCUAGUCCCGAUUUCCUCAAUUAUGAUAAAUCUCCAGAAUCCGAGAAGCUGCUCAAGGGUGACGCCCGAAACGUGACGAUGGAUCCAAAAAUUCCUCGUUCUGAUAACUACGUUCCUUGUGUGGAGUUCGAAAAGCACAGCAGUGAAGCAAGCGUCGAUGAUGCGCCGCGCAGGGGCGAUAACUACACAGAGUUUACCUUCGAUAAGUCAAGUGUAACAACUAAACCCAAGGGCUUCGUUCAGUCCCUUUACGAGUCUCCAGCGCGAAAAAGCGAACCUCGGAGCGAAGCUUCAAGUAUUUUAUCCUUGAAUUUCAAUUGGAAGAAGAAUUACGUGCCCUUUGGGUGUGCCAGAGUCGAGGAAGUGAAGGAAGAGAGGGUUGAGGCUUCGUCGCGAGCGCCCCUCAUGAAGAAGGCCGCAGUGCAGGACGACGAUCUCUCGCCAUCCGAACUUAAACAAGAUUUCCUUACGGCUGAGCAGGUGGGUCCCGGCAGCGGAUGGAGCUGGCGGGAUGAGUUCGCCCUCAGCAACCUGCGGCUUGACCACCCCGCGCCACAUCUCCUCGUCUCCGCACAGUGGCAGCAGCACAGCCGCAUGUCCUGCCUGUACCUGGGCUACCGCUUGUUCUGGGCGCUGUACUUCCUGACGUGGUCGGUGUGGUCCCUGGUGGGGUUCUUGGGGCACGACGCCCCAUGGAGCCUCAAGCUGCACUACUUCACCUACCUCACCAACUGGAGCAUCUGGCUCCUGGCCGCCGACACCGCGCUCCAGACCGUCAAUGUCGUCAUGCACAUGCGGCGCAUGGCCGACAUGGGCGACCACCGCUACGGCGCCAUGACGGCCGCUCAGCGCGUCUCCUGGGCCGCCUCGAACGUCUCCUUCAGCGCACACGUCUUCAUCACCCUGGCCUACUGGAUCACUGUGUACCCAUACAGGGGAGACCAGGCGCUGAGCGUGAUCAGCAUCAACACGCACCUCGUCCCUGGCGCGUACGUCUUGCUGGACGCCGUCACCGCCGCGACGCCGCGUCGUCUGCUGCACGCCUGGCAUCCCGUCGCCUACUUCAGCGCCUACGUCGCCUUCAACGUCAUCUACUACGUCUGCGGGGGCACGGACUACAUGGGAAGGGUGGCGUUGUAUCCGUUCAUGGACUGGUCGGUGGCGGGACAGUCGGUGUUGGUGGUGGGGGCGGCGGCCCUGCUGCUCAUGCCGCUGCUGCACGCGCUGCUCUGCAGCAUCACCGCCGUCCGCGUCAGGCUCUGGAGGCGCUACGCUAUCGCUAGGUACUUGCGUGAGGGCGGCGACAUUGAGCGUCACACGAAAUACAACGAACAGAUCGUGUGAACAGGAGGACAUGUGAAGGCUGUCGUGGACGCUCGAUUACUGCAGUGGUAUUCCUGAGGAUUACUCUUAGGGUAUCCAGACAGUAAGCUGACCGUGAUCAAGGGCUCUCAAGUCAUCUUGAUGAACUAGUUAUUUUUUCUGAAUUAUUUAUUUGCAAUUACUACUGUAACUUUUUUCAAGGCAAUUCUAAAAAGUAUUUAAAAACGACGGUAGUAAAUAAUACAAGAUGCGAGUGUACUAGUUUGGCGCGGAAUGAGGGAUGUAGCUUUUGAUGAGGUGUAUAAGGUCCCGCCUAUUUGCAGAAUCAUUCCUUUCUUUGAGAUGUUUUUCUUUUGUGAAGAUUUUCUUUUUUUCUAAAUCGAAAUGAUCCAUUUGGAGUGAAAUUAUUUUGUCAGAUAAUUAUAGCUUUAUUAUGAUAGAAAGAUUAGGCAAACUCGUUCAGCUAAGCAUGAUGUGAGAUAAAAUUAUUAAUGGAGGCUGAUGACAGGGAUGAGUCACACGUAUGAUUCAAUAAAAAUUAGAUCAUUCUGAUAGUUUCUCGAUGUUGCUUGUUCUCGUGUUCUUUUUGUUCGUUGUUGUUGUUUCUGUGAUAUAAGUUUAUAUAUAUUUUAAGCGAAUGAAACGCAUUUACACCACGUACACUCGUGCCUCUCACCACCACGUACACUCAUGCCUCUCACCGCCACGUACACUCAUGCCUCUCACCGCCACGUACACUCAUGCCUCUCACCGCCACGUACACUCAUGCCUCUCUCCGCCACGUACAGUCAUGCCACACAUAGCCACGGUAAAUGCACUUAUUUAUACUAUGACUGCUGCGCGUAAAUCCGAAGGUAAUCAGUGUAAAUUUUCACCUUCAUCGGUGAAAUGUGCUUUGUAGAACGAAAAUAUUUAGUUUGUGCUGAGGGACCGAAGCAAGCGUUAGUUACGGUGUGCCCGUCAACUCCAAACUUCACUGAUACGUCUAUUUAUUUUCUGUCUAUUGAAGCUUUCCGUUGCCAUUACUGCGUCCUGAUAUUCACGCCAGGCUCGUCCGUGGCUAGCCUGACUCGCAUGCCUGGUGUCUGUGCUAAGAACUUAAUUCUAAAUUCAUAACAUAUCUCGGUAAAUAGAUCCUAUAGGAAUUAACUGUUCAUAGUUCUUGCAUAUAAAUAAGUUAGCAACCUAAGCUUAGCUCUUGACUCGGUCUCCAUAUAAUGCCUGCAGCGCGGCAUGUCACUCAUUGUUUCUAUUGUAUUCUCCUUCCGUAUUUUGUAUCUCAGCUGUGUAAUGAAUAAAUAUUACUCGUGUUAUUUUC